ACAUGGCUUCACACACAAGCAAGGCAUUUCUGUCCCUAGGUCGAAUAAAUGUUUCUGGUCUUGCAAUUCAGAAGUCAGUGAGCAGGGCCACAUACGCGACUGGGUUGUCUGUAAAUUCUUCGAACGGAAAUAAAGGCCUCCCUGAUAGAAAUGGGAGAGGAUCUGGCAAACGACCCAGGAGGGAUGCUGGGGACCCCAGGACAGAAAAGAUGCCCGUGGAUCAGGACUGGACUGCAGUUUAUCCAGCAGCAACCACCUUCAGACCGAGCUCCGUCCCCCUUCCUGUGAGAAUGGGCUACCCUGUGAGAGGAGGCGUUCCUCCAGAGAAGAAGGGCAACUUGGAGCUAAUCAAGGUACCUAAUUUUCUGCAUUUGACACCGGCGGCCAUCAAGAAGCACUGUGAAGCUCUGAAACCAUUCUGUACAGAGUGGCCCUCUGCCUUGGACACUGAUGCCAAAUGUGACGAGCACUUCCCCAUCAAAGUAGAGAGCACAGACUACGUGUCUGCGGGGCCGUCUCUCAGAAACCCUUCAGCUCGUAUUGUUCAUCUCAGAAUAAAGCUGUCCAGUUUGAAUCUGGACGACCAUGCAUGCAAGAAAAUGCACAAACUUGCAGGGGAGCGAUACUGCAAAGAAACUGAUACCCUCACCAUCACAACUGACAGCUGCCCUUUGAGGCGGCAGAAUCAGGACUAUGCCAUGUACCUGCUCACUGUCCUCUACCACGAGUCUUGGAAAACGGAGGACUGGGAGGCUGAGAAGACUCUGGCGGACAUGGAGGAGUACAGCUGGGAGGACAGCCCGUCCCAAAGGAAUAUCUUGGAUGUGCUAGCACGCAUGAAAGUGGCCGGGGAGGGAGAAGGCGAGGAGGUCCGGGAGCAGCUGCUGGGAAGGAAGGAGGUGCAGGAGUAUAAGGACUGCGUCACAAGGAUGAAGAAUGAAGGAGAGAGCGAGAGCAUCAUGCUGCAGUACAAAGAGGCUGUCAAGAAAGUGCUCAACCUGUGACGCAUGAAGGUGGCGAUCGAGAGCAGCAGGGACCUGUAAUAGGGUCCAAACAUUUUUAAAUAGUUGUGGACUUGUGGGAAGUCAAUCAUUCAUUGACUUCAUGUACGUACCAGUAACACAAACAAGGUUUACUGUCGAUGAUUACUGCUCCAACAUACAUGAGGAUAUUCCAGCCACAACAGUCUCAACUAAUGUAUUUAUUUUCCAAAAUAAGUUUACUGUCACAAGUGAA